UGCAGCCUGGGGAAAACACCAAACGAAAAAUGAAAGCAGAAUUACUUCUUCUAAAAUGUAUUUUUACAUUUUCCCUCUUUUGUACAAGCCAAGCAGGUGUAGUGCAAAGAAAUGAGAAUUCAAAUAUUAAAAAGAAAAUAAUUAUAGACACUGAUGCUGGGGGCGAUGAUGCUGUAGGAAUUCUUUUGGCCUUAAAGUUUGCAGAAGCCCACAAAGAAAUGAUUGAGAUACUCGCCAUAACUUGCACAUUUGGAAAUACAGCAGAGCGAAAUGUGGAAACGAAUGUGCUAAAAAUUUUAACAAUUGCAAAAAGAAAUGAUAUUCCGGUAUACGGUGGUGCUGAUGGACCUUUAGUUAUAACUUGGGAAGACUCACAAUAUUUCGGAAAAGAUGGAUUUGGUGAUUUUGAAUUUUCCGAAGAGAUUAAGGCUAAAGUUGAUAGAUCAAAGCACGCUGCUGUGGCUUUAAUUGAUUUAGUAAAAGCACAUCCAGGAGAAGUGACUAUAGUUUCGCUAGGACCUGUUACAAAUUUGGCAUUAGCUGCCAGAAUCGAUCCAUCAUAUAUUCAACAUGUUGGCGAAUUUAUUUCUAUGGGGUCUACUAUCACUGGUAGAGGAAAUAUAAGACCUGCCGUAGAUUUUAAUUUUGGCACUGACCCAGAAAGUGCUUUCAUAUUCUUCAACUCGACUACGAACCCAAUUACUUUAUUGUCACGAGAAGUGUCCUUAAAUUAUCCAGUUAUGGCGGAAUGGAGAAAAAAUGUUUUUGGAAUCAUAAAAUCAAAAACAGUGGAUUUCUUAAAUAAGGCCGAGUCAAUCGACAAAAGGAAAUCGAGAUUCUGGAGCUCAUCAGACACAAUGAGUGUUGCAGUUGCACUUUGGCCGAAUUUAAUAAAGGAUUAUUUGAUAAUAAAUGUGACUCCAGUUUAUGAUGGAGCAGCGGAAGGAGCAGUUCUUGUUGAUUACACAAAUUCAACUGGAAAGUCGGCCAAUGCAAAAAUCGUUCUAUCAUUCGAUCUUGAAUUGUUUAAGGAUAAUCUACUCAAAUAUUUUAAGGAGUGAAUGGGAUUGCAGGAAGAUCAAGGAUUUGAAAAAAAAUAUAUGGAAGUUAGCAAAUUAAUCUGUGGGUUAACGGGCAGAUGAUAAUUUCGUCUCAGCUACCUGCGAACGCUUCCCCCUCUACGCGGCUUUCUUCAUUCAACCGAUUCGUCAGACCCGUUACCCCAAACAAGCGGCACUGCCUAAUGAACUACAUGGUCGGACCGUUCUGUACACGCGGCGCUUGCGGCACAUUUCUCCGCUUGCGCAGCUUAGGAAAAUAUAGUACCCACAUAUCGGAGCUGCUGAUCUCCGCAUGUUCGGGGUAACCAGUGUCCCGAAUCUGGAGCGCAAGCCACACCAAACCGAAGUGCGACAAGUCUCUCACAACUAGUGCAACGUUUUUAACUAAAUUCUCUCUUUUAAUAAAAUUUCUUUUAACCAAAAA